AUGGGUGCCAUAGCAAGCAGAUAUCGUGUUUCCAACUCAGGAUUGACCAGCACGGACAUAAAAAAUAUAGAGGACGCGAACAAACGUGAAAACCCUGGGACUUUAGAUGAAUUGCACAAAAAGACUAAAGAUGUUAUGCCAGUAAACUUUGAAGGUGGUAAACUGAUGGUAAACAGGGGAAUCUCCAAUCACUUCCAGAUGUCCCAUACUUUAACAAUGAGCUCAGCUCAAAAUGGAUACAAACUAGGUGCAACAUACAUUGGCACCAAGCAAAUAUCACCAACUGAAGCAUUCCCAGUAGUGCUUGGUGAUGUGGACCCGGCUGGGAAUGUUAACUUCAAUUUUAUCCACCAGUUAACACCAGAUGUCAGGGUUAAAGCUGCUGCACAGAUACAAGAAUGCAAAAUUACAGCCACUCAAGGUACUGUAGAGUAUAAAGGCUCUGAUUACACUCUAGCGAUGGCAAUUGGCAAGCCUGACUUUAGUGAGAAAUCUGCAGUCUUUGUUGGACAUUAUUUACAGUCAGUAACAAAACGACUGGCACUGGGUGCUGAAUUAGUUUAUCAGUCGAGUGCUCGUGUGAUGGGUGGUGAAAUUGCAAUUGCUUCUGCAGCAGCUAGAUAUACUAUGGACGAUUCGGAAGUGUCUGCCACAUUAGGACCGGCUAGUUUUCACGUCUGCUACUUCAAACAAGCUAGUGAACAAUUACAGGUGGUAGCAGAAAUGGACACAUCGUUCAGAGGAAUGGAAUCGGUCGGUACCAUUGGCUACCAAGUUACCAUACCCAAAGCAGAACUUGUCUUUAGAGGUAUGGUAGAUUCAAACUGGAACAUCGGAGCUGUACUAGAGAAGAAGUUACAACCACUGCCAUUCACAUUUGCCCUGUCCGGCAUGGCCAACCAGGCUAAGCAACAGUUUAAGUUCGGCUGCGGCUUGAUUAUUGGCUAG